UUCAGACUCACAAGUCACACCACAUGUUAGUCUUGAAAUAAGAAUAAGAUUGAAGAGCGAAAAAAUUGCGUCUUUUUCGAGAGGGAAUGGACGCGCUUGGAUUUGGGAGUGGGUUUAGCGGCUUCUGGAAGUGGAAUCCGUCACCGGAUUCUCAACGGCGUCGUAUUCGGUCUAAUUCGACUUCGCCUGGUUCCGUCGUCGGAGGUGGUUAUCAGUUCCCGGUGAAGCAGGCGAUAACCGCCGCAUCCCUCGCUCUUACUGGUGACACAAUUGCUCAGAUCAGUAACCGUUGGAGCAAAGGCAAAGACACUGAUGGAAAUGCCUCUCAGGAUGUAUUGUCGAGGCUUCUUUCGGAACACGACUUGCUACGUGCUCUGCGAAUGACUUCCUAUGGAUUCCUUUUCUAUGGUCCUGGUUCUUUCGCCUGGUACCAGUUGCUUGACCAUUGUCUCCCCAAACCUAAUGUCCAGAACCUAAUGUUAAAGGUUUUACUAAACCAGAUUGUAUUGGGUCCGUGUGUGAUUGCUGUUGUCUUUGCAUGGAACAAUUUAUGGCAACAGAAGCUCUCAGAGCUUCCAGAAAAAUACAGAAGAGAUGCUCUUCCAACUUUACUUUAUGGGUUUAGAUUUUGGGUUCCUGUCAGUGUGUUAAAUUUCUGGGUGGUGCCUCUUCCAGCUCGAGUAGCUUUUAUGUCGAUGGGCUCAAUAUUUUGGAAUUUUUACCUGUCAUCAACUAUGAACAAGUAAAAUGAAUGCAGACAGAUACUACCAGUAUUUUGCUUUGUUUCAAGUUUUUUACAAUGAGGUUUAUUAACAUUUCUGUUCCCUGCAAAAGAUUUUACACUUUGAAAGCUGACACAUUGAAAACCAACUUUGUUCUGCAGACGGCUGGGAAAUCAGACUCUCUUUCAUAUAUAAAGUGAUUAUAUAGGUGCUAGAUUUUUAAUUAGGAGUUGUAUUUGGGAUAAUUUGAGUAUGUUCUUAUGGAUAGUUGUUGAAUCUGAUUAUACAAAAACCAGAAAAAUAUGCUCGGAGGCAGAUUUUAGGUUUAGUGUUCCUUGGAAUGUUCUUUAGUAUAUUACAAUACUUGUUGGAACAUUCAUUAAUGUCCCUUGUUGCAUGUGCCUCAAAA